AGACUCCAGCUCACAAUGACAGAGUCCGUCCGGUAGAGCAACAUGCAAUAUUCUGGAUAUUUCAUAUGGAUUUUCUUCUCCUCGUGGGGAAUAAUAGCGGACAGCGUGAGGACUCUCCCUCAUGUGAUGAAGUACCAAACUGUGAUACCUCAGAGAAUAAAGGAUUCAUCUCUCAGUAAUGAAGCUGCUAAACAUCAGACAUACCCUGAUGUGCUCCAGUACUCUUUGACGAUAGCAGGGAAAAACUACACUUUGCAUCUGGAAAAGAACAAAGAUCUUGUCGGGGAAAACUUUUCUGUGACACACUAUUCUGAUCAGGGCAACCAAGUCACAACUACUCCAGAUCUGAGGGUUCACUGCUACUACCAUGGGCACAUAGUGGGAGUAGAGGACUCCUCUGCCAGUGUAGAACUAUGCUCAGGAAUAAAGGGGUUUUUGCGUCUCCAGGACCAAAUGCAUCUCAUCGAACCUUUGGCCGGCGCCAAGGUUGUACAGCAGGACGACAGACAGAGCUCCCAGACUCACAGUGACGAGGGUCUUCAUGCUGUCUACAACUACAAACACCUGAGGAGGAAGAGAAGCUCCUGUUCCCAUGGAAACACAACCACUUUCUAUGAUCAUGGAGCUCGUCCGUCUGGACUGUUCCAGCUCAGCAGCCUGAGAAGCAGAGCCCAGACCAAAGAUCGUUCAGGGAAACCCCGGACAGUGGAGCUGGUGGUGGUGGUCGACCACACAGAGUAUAAGAAGUUUGGCAGUAAGAAGACCAUUCAGGCUAGAGCGCUUGAAAUAACAAACCAUGUAGACAAGCUGUAUCGCCCAGUGGGUGUCCGUGUGAUGCUGGUGGCUCUGGAGAUCUGGUCAUACAAAGAUCAGAUGGAGGUCAGCACUAACCCGGAGCAUACACUCGCUCGCUUCCUCGAGUGGCGUCAGAGGAGCCUUCUGCCGAGGACCAAACACGACAACGCACAGUUCAUCACAGGUGUGGAUUUUGAUGGCUCCACUGUGGGAUUAGCCAACACCAACGCAAUGUGCACCUCUAACUCUGGAGCUGUCAAUGAGGACCAUAACACCAACUCAAUAGGAGUGGCCUCUACUAUAGCCCAUGAGAUGGGUCACAACCUGGGCUUGUCCCAUGAUUCUGAAAACUGUGUGUGCGGCUCUUUAACAUCAAAAAAAGGCUGCAUCAUGUCCGAGAGUGUCGGCCUUGUGUAUCCUGAGCGGUUCAGCAGCUGCAGUCAGCAGCAGCUCAGCAGGUUCUUGGAGGAGGUGAACCCUGCCUGUCUGCUGGACACUCCCUCUACUGAGCGCGUCUAUGGAGGGCCAGUGUGUGGAAAUGCCUUCCUGGAGCUGGGAGAGGAGUGUGACUGUGGCACUGCAGAGGAGUGCAAGAAUUCCUGUUGCAAUGCCACCACCUGCAGAUUUAAUGCAGGAGCCCAGUGUGCUCAUGGAGAGUGCUGCCACAACUGCCAACUGAAGCCGACAGGCAGCGUCUGCCGCGCGAAGACAGGAGACUGUGACCUGGCAGAGUACUGCACUGGCUUCUCUGCCACCUGUCCCACUGACGCAUUCACCCAGAACGGUCGGUCCUGCAGCCGUGGAAGAGGAUACUGCUACAAUGGACAGUGCCCUUCACAGCAGGAACACUGCAGGAGACUUUGGGGGCCAGAUGCUAAAGUGGCUCCAGAUGCUUGUUUCAACCAAUAUGGAAACUGCAGAAAGACGCUGUUCAGCCAGAGAUGUUCAAGCCGAGAUCAAUCCUGCGGGACACUUUUCUGCACCGGGGGCUGGGAGUUUCCAGUCACAUCCAGGAAGUCCUUCUACAAAGUGGGAAAUGGAGAAAUAUGCAACGAGGCAACUUUGAACCCUGAAGAUAACUACCCUGCAGACCUGGGCAUGGUGCCUGCUGGUACCAAGUGUGGCACUAACAUGGUGUGCUACAAUCAACGGUGUCAAGACAUUCCAAGCAUAAAAGUGUACGGGACAAGCGACUGCUCCGCCAAAUGCAACAACCAUGGGGUUUGUAAUCAUGAGAGGAAGUGCCACUGUGACCCUGGAUGGGCCCCGCCUUCCUGUGAUGUGGAGCAGUCAGAACUCCCUCAAGAGGCAGGUCUGGUGGUGUUCAUCGUGUUGGUGGUUGGUUUGCUCCUGCUGUCGGUCCUGGUUAUUGCGAGUUUAAUAUGCUGCAUCAAAAGAAGGCGACCUGCGAAGAGACGCCUCCAAUCUACCUCUGGACAAACUAACCCGUUGUUUAAGACAAGCGGUUCACGAGGCAGCCCUCGCCUCGGGUCCACACACAUCAGCCAGCCUACAUUUGUGGAGUCUUCAGCCACUCAAGCCUGCAAACCCCUGUCCUCUGCUGCUGCCAGACCACAUACUGGAGCGCUGAAACCCAGCAGAGCAGCUCCAGUGCCACCUUCCAAAGUGUCAGCUGUACCACAGCCAUCACAGGUUCAACAGGUUAUGAGGGCCUUUAUGCAGCCUGUUUCAAGCAAGCCAAUCUACAGUGAGAAUAAGCCACUUCCUCCAUCCAGACCUCUGCCACCACUGGCCUCUAAACCGAUCUCUAAGCCAAAGCCUCCGAUGCCUCCAGUGAAGCCGAAGCCCUCUGCAGUCCGCUCUCCGCUGCCACACACUCAGCUGCUUGCAGGCAGAGCCGCCCUGAUGCCCUCCAAAAGGCCCAGAUGACAGAGGAAUUAUUCAGUCUGUAAACAAUGAGAUCCUCUGACAGGGGACACUUUUGUUGUCCCACCUAAGAAGGACCUAGAAAUCCUUGAAGGAGACACAUCACGUCUGUUUUUAAAGUGGAAACCAGAUCCACAGAACACAAAGUGACAGAGCUUUUCUGUCAAGUAUGGUCUGCCUGAGGAUUACCACUGUCUGUGUCUUGCUUAUGUAAGCCUUCAGUAUGUUAAUGAUGACCUGAAGCCGUGAUUGACAGACUCUACUUCUGUGCUUUAUAAACGACAAAUGGCUAAGCUGCCAUGAUGAUGAUUUUUUGUAUUUUUAUUAAGGGAAAUGUCUCUCUUGAUCCUUGGAUAUGUGAACAAUGUAUGAGGCAAUUGCACUUUUGAUGCUGUAACUGUAGGCCCUAUACCAAUUCCCUCACAUUGGUUUUGGUACUGCUUUUCUAAGAAAUAUUGUUGUAAAGGGAUUUAAAUUAAAUAGAUACAAAUAUGGCACCAACAUGGGCACUUUACGGAUUGUUUAAUUAAGGAAGAACCACAAAAGUUAUAACUUUUCCUAGAAAUUGUUUUGUACUAACCAGGGUACGCUUGACUUUGUGAUACUGAAUUAUGACAUGCCGCUGUUUUGUUUUAUAGGUUGACUUGAUACAUGUUGAUUGUAACUAGCAGUCUAGUCCUUGAUUGAUGCCAAAUGAUUGUGGGAUUUCCUUUUGAACGUUAUUUUAAACCGUUCUUAUUUAUUAAAAUCUUUUUUUUGUCAGUUUGAUGAAGCUUAUAAUAAAGUGAAUCGAAAGAA